AGUUCUUACAAGUAAGCAAGCAAAAUCGCAUAUUCUCUUACUUUAUUGCUUCUCUUUCUGAACCUUACACUUUGAGAGUAUCCAUGGCGGUUACAUUUUCUAAUCUGCACACAGAGCAAGGUCUCAAAACCCUCGAGGAACACCUCGCCGGAAAAACCUAUAUCUCCGGCAAGCAGCUUUCGUUGGAUGAUGUGAAGGUUUACGCUGCCGUAUUGGAGAAGCCAGGAGAUGGCUUUCCCAAUGCUAGCAAGUGGUAUGAUAACAUUGCUUCCCACCUCGCCAAAAGUUUUCCGGGGAAAGCCGUCGGAGUAAGAGUUGGUGGUGGUGUUGCUCCAUCUGAAGAAGCUCCGCAGACUGAGGCACCUGCUGCUGGAGCUGAUGGUGGUGAUGAUGAUGAUGAUAUUGAUCUUUUCGCUGAUGAAACUGAAGAUGAGAAAAAAGCUGCAGAGGAGAGACAAGCUGCUAAGAAGGACACUAAGAAGGCUAAAGAGAGUGGAAAGUCUUCUGUGCUUCUGGAAGUAAAGCCAUGGGAUGAUGAAACCGAUAUGAAGAAACUAGAAGAAGCUGUUCGUAGUGUUCAGAUGCCGGGUCUUACAUGGGGAGCCUCGAAAUUGGUACCUGUUGGUUACGGGAUAAAGAAACUCACAAUUAUGAUGACCAUUGUUGAUGACCUUGUGUCUGUGGACAACCUCAUUGAAGACCAUCUCACUUCAGAACCUAACAAUGAGUACAUCCAAAGUGUUGACAUUGUCGCUUUUAACAAGAUUUAGAGACUCCAUAACCCUUCCUCAUGAAAAAGCUAUCGAAUGUCCAGUUUGGUGUUCAGGCCUAGUCUUGUUGUGUUUCUCUUAUGCUUUGUUGUGUUAAGAGUCUUUUUCCUUUUAAGUUCACAUAGUUCGGUCUCCAAGUUCUUGUGAGCUCUUGUCUUGUCUAAUGUGAAUUUGCUGUUAAAAGUAAAACUAUAUGUUGGGCUAUAUUGAGUUUACUGGUCUUCGGGUAAAAUACCUAAGAUUUAAACU